AUGGUUUGUCGAAAUAAAAUUGAAUUAAGUAUUUGGCAAUUCUGUUUCUUAAUAUCUCUUUUAUUAAUAUCUGUUGUUAUUGCUAUAAUUGGUUGGUUUCAUAAAAUAGAUCCAAUUGUAUAUGAUAGAUCCACACAUAAACAUAUGACUCAAAUUAAUAAUGUUACAUCAUUUGUUGAUACCGAUCAAAAAUUACAUUCAUUUCUUGAUGAAAUUGGUUCACCACCUAAACUUAAUAAUCCACAUUCAUAUAUACAAUGGACAUUUCUUCAAAUGAAUGAUGUUUAUGAACUUAUACCAUUAAGUGGUGGUAAAAAAGGUGGUUUAGCUCGUGUAGCAACAAUACGAAAAUUACUUCUUCAAGAAAAUCCAAAUACAAUUACAAUUCUAGCUGGUGAUGUUGUUAGUCCAUCAGCUUUAGGUAAUAGCAUUGUAAAUGGAUCAAUGCUAAAUGGAAAACAAAUGAUUGCUGCCUUGAAUGUACUUGGUCUUGAUUAUGCAACGUUAGGUAAUCAUGAAUUUGAUUUAAAAGAAUCAUCAAUAAGACGUCGUUUGAAUGAAUCACGAUUUCAAUGGAUAGCCUCAAAUGUUUAUGAACUUAAUUCAACCAAACCAUUUCAUACUGUCAUACCAUAUAAAAUUAUAACAAUAUCAAAUAUAAAAAUUCUUCUCAUUGGUUUAACAAUUGAUGAGAAUACAGGACAAGCAACAUCUAAAACUUAUGUUAAUAUAACAUCUCAACAUACUUUACCACAAUUUACAGCAAAUUAUAUAAAAUAUCUUCGUUAUGAAUUAAAAUUAGAAUGGGAUGUAUUUAUUUGUUUAACACAUUUAAAUAUGCAAAAUGAUAUUGAAGUAGUUGAAUAUAAUCCUGCUAUUGAUGCAGUUAUGGGUGGACAUGACCAUGAAAAUUAUUAUUUAAAACGUGGAUCAAAAUAUACACCAAUAUAUAAAGCAGAUGAUAAUGGAUUUACUGUAUUUAUUCAUCGAUUUGCAUAUCAACCAACAACAAAACAAUUAUUAAUUUUUUCUAAAUUAACACCAGUAUCACCACUUUUUUCAGAAGAACCUGAAACAGCUAAAGUAGCAAAUUAUUUUUAUCAAGCUGGUUUACAAGCCUAUAGAGAUGAUGGUAAUUACUAG